GACUACUAAAACCGAACUCAUCACAUUGGAGUUUGCUUGUAGGCACAUAUGGGUACAUGGCACCAGCACUUGAAGUGAUACAUGGAACACAUCCCGGAGAUCUCCUAAGCAACUUAUCACUGAGUAUGUUAGUGAAAGAUAUGCUAGAUCCACGUAUUCCUCUUUGCUUAGCUGAUCAAGUGACCACAAACCAAGUGCUUUCAAUGAUUUUAAUAGCAAUGCAGUGCAUCAACAUUGAUCCACAGCUCGCCCUACAAUACAACGAGCACUUACCCUUGAUCACCUCAUAAUCAUUGUACAAACACAUAUUGAUGAUCAAGAGCAUGAAUGAUGGGAACUUUG